UUUGAGUAAUGUUUAUUUUAGUAAUUAUCAUAAAUGAACUUAAAGAAUUUCAUGACGCAGAGGUGAGAUAGCAGUCGUUAAUUUAAUGAUAUGUGUAAUUGUAAUUGUAAUUGUAAUUGUAGAGGUAAAAUGACCUUGAGCGAAGAAAAAGUAAAGAAAGAAGUGAGAGGUGUAAUCAAGGUUUUAUUUAACAUUUUUUUACACUAUUUUUAUUUUAUUCAUUGUCAAUUUUAAUUUUUUAUUCAGAAAGACCGAUAAGCAAAGCAUGGUCAUUAGGCGUUAGGGACAACAAUUUUUGAAAAUUUAAAAAUCGAUUACUGCAAUGGACAAACAGAAGAUGAGCCUAGUGGCUCCAAGGAGUUUCAUUAUCAGACUCGUGUUAUCUACAGGGUAUAUAAUACAGCAAUUUUUUUUCAUGAGCAUCAUUAAGUUGUAACGACAAGCACCAUGAACUUCUUGAUUGUAUCAGUCGCUUUGAUAGCAAGUUUGUUGGGCGAAAGCCAUGGAAACUGGGGUGAAAACCGUCCCCAAUGGGGUAUGCAGCCAUCCCAAUGGCCAACUCAAUUGAAAACGAGGUUCACGGACAUCAACAAGCUCAUGGCACAACAAAUGCCAAUCUCAAAUGUUCACCAGGUACCUUGUGAAGAUGCCAAUUCGCUGACACCAACGGCCGCACCCGUCUAUGAUCCAUGCGUAGAAAAAGCAGUACAAACAUCCAAAGUAGCCCACCAGAAUUCACAUAAAGUUUUCAACCGAGCCAGUUCAAAUGGUCAUACGUUUUUCUUCAGACAACCCACCACCAUAAAAAUAGUUCACCACGAAAAACCAGUAGCUGCACCCGUAAUUCCGGAUCCAUGUGUUGAUGAAUCAGUUGAAAUUCAAAAAUCAACAGUGAACGUUGAAAACCCAAAAGUCUCUUUUACCAACGAUGAUAUAAAUCGCAUAUUCAGUAUCAUUAACUUAUAUGGUUCCAUAAUGAGUUCAUCAACUGAACAACCAAAGCCUACAACGGUUGCACCGGAAGUUAUAGUUCCAUGUGAAGAUGAAACACAUGAAACUCACGAAACAACAGAAACCAAAGAAACAUCAGAAUCUGCUUUUAGCGAAAAUGAUAUAAAUCGCAUUGUCACUGGGAUUAUCUCAUAUCAUUCCAAAAUGAAUACACCAAAGCCUACAACAGCUGCACCGGAAGUUAUAGUUCCAUGUGAGGAUGAAACACAUAAAACUCAAGAAACAUCAGAAGUUGCUAUUAGCAACGAUGAUAUAAAUCACAUGUUCGGUAUCAUUAACUUAUUUGGUUCCAUGAUGAGUCCAUCAACUGAACAACCAAAGCCUACAACAGUUGCACCGGAAGUUCCAGUUCCAUGUGAGGAUGAAACACACGAAACUCACAAAACAACAAAUGUCAUAAAAACAACCAAAACUACUGUUGCCGCUGCUCCAACAACCAAAGUCAGUCAAUCAAAUGGAAUAACUGCAGUUAGUUCUGAAUUGAGUGGAUUCUUGGAAGACAGUCAGCCUACUGUAAGCUUCCAACUUAAACCCACUACAACAACCACCUACACGACAACUUCGACCAAAUACACUCCACCAAAAUUCAAUGGAGGUGUUCAAAAAGAGAUCACUACAUCACAUGUUCAGAAUAGUGCGGACUGUGAUGAAACAGAAACUGCAUCAGGAGGAGCUACAUCUGUUGACGUAACAUCAAGCUAUCCUCUCCCAAUUCCGCAAAUUAAAGUUACUGAAUCCCAUGAUGAGAAAACAGCUAAGUCAGUUCCUACAUCAGUAUCAACAACAUGGGAACAAUAUCCAGUACCAUCGGCCGUAGGACCUCACGCAUUUGAAUGGCAUAAAAAUCAAGAAACGGGUUCUACGUAUCAAAAGAAUUCUGAAUCCCACAAGUAUUUUGUUGGGGCUGGUGUACCUCAAUUGGCAGCAUCAGAAAUGACAUAUCCGGCAGCAUCCUUUAAUUUUGAAUUUUCUGGCCAAGGUAAUGGUGCAGGCCAAACUAAAUCUACUGGCGUAAACGCUAAUCAACUUGUCGGCUUAUCCGAUGGAUCGGUCCUUUCAAUCUCUAAAUUGAUGGAAAUUUUAAACAAACAAAAAGACUGUUAAAUAAAAAAAUAAAGUAACAAAAUUCACUUAUAUAUUCUAUGUAAAAUAAUAAUGAUAUUUUAAAAUAAUAAAUAAAAUAAAUUUUUUUUUUAAUUACUAAGUACUUGUGUGCAACGAAAUAUAAAUAAAAGAUAUAAAAAAUAUUAUUUAUAAAUUUUAAUUUAUUUCAACACCUGAUGCAAUGAUUUUUAUAUUUUUAUUACAUACUUUACAACAACUUUUUAACCGCAGGAAAUCUUUAAUAAUUUUUUAUAAUUUCUCGCCAUUCAUCAUCGCAAACAAAGUCA